CACAAGCGCGCACACACUUAAUCGACAAACAAACUGCCUUUGAAAUGGGAGUGAAUUUAUGCUACUGGAUACUUGGUCUCUACCUGGCCCCACCUUUGGAAGGGAGGAGUCCUCCACUCUGUCAAACAGGGUAUAAGAUUGAUAAGAUUGGAAGUGGAUGUUCUGUGCUGAAUUGUGAACCAUAUACAACUCAGAGUACACCCGAACAGACUCUACCAGGUUUUGACAGCCUCUUGUCUCUUGUGAGAAACAACUGUAUGGUGUUGAGUAACUCUUCUGUAGCUCCAGCCAACCCAAAGACUGGAGAGAUUUUGGAAGUACUGGCCAAUGUCAUUGAUGUUCUUCAACUCCAGUCCAAUGGUCACGGCGGUAACAGCAGUAAAGUGAAUACGCUACUGAGGACAGUUGAAAAAGUUAUCAGACUGAUCGCUCCACAGCUGGAAGGGAACGUGAGCAGGAUAAAUACAAACCACACAGAGGUGGAGAUUGUGGUGAGGAGGGACAGGACUCCUCCCCGAGGACCAGUCAGACUAACCAAUGAGAAAAUCCAACUUGACACCACCUGGGAGACGGUGAUCGGAUUGGACAGGAAUUAUGCAGGGUUUGGUUUUGCCGUUCUGCUCAGCUACAAGAGUCUGCUGACUUUGACCCAAAGCUCUGAGGUGCUCUCCUCCAGAGUGGUGACUGCAUUCGUUAGCAACCCCAACACAACAAAUCUGUCUGAACCUAUCAUUCUCACCUUCAAUCACAUGUUCAGUGAAGCGAGCACCUGUGUUUAUUGGUCAGAGGAUGGAGAGGGGGCGUGGUCAAGCCAGGCUUGUGCCACAGUGAUUUCCAACUCCACCCACACUGUGUGCUCCUGCACCCAUCUCAGCAGCUUCGCCCUGCUCAGGGGAAUCCAAGAGGAAAAGAAAAGCGGAAAUCUGUCGUUGGUGAUGUGGGUGGGCGUUUCUGUGGCGCUGGCCUUUGUGGUCCUAUCCCUGCUUACAGCCCUGUGGUGUCGCUUUAUCAGCAAAAAACGCAAUGGCAGGGAGCCGGCCGGAAAAGCAUUUUAACCUCAAAAGCAACUCAACUUAGACAGCAAGAAUUUCUAUACUUUGUGUAUAAUCCCACCUUCUGUCAAUUUACUGUAAAAUAACUGUUUAGACUGAAAGAACUGUUGGAAAUUAAAAUAAGUUUCAGAAAAAUGUGGAGUAUUUUCUA